AUGGUGGGAUUAUAACCAUAAGGGAAGAGAGUUAAAUCCAAAAACUAGGAGCUGUAGCCUCAUUCCAAAGACCUUGCUGACUCAAGCCACUCUCGAGAUGAUGUUGAAUUAUUUAACUUAGUAUAACAAGAACUUUGGCUUCUUUGUAAGAUUUAUCGUUUUGUUAAGAUUAGAAUAGAUAUACUAACUUUAGAUUAGAAGUAAUCAACCAUUUUAAUUAUUCUAGGUUAAAUUUCUAUCGAAAACAGCACUCUCCUCUUUUAUUGCCACCUUUAGAUUCACUUUAUAUUCAAAAUAUAUACUAGAUUUUAUAAACUAAGUUAAGUUUUGUUUUUGAAGAUAAAAAGUAUUUCUCCCCCACAAGUAUAUAAAUUCAUUAUAUCAAAAAAAAUCAAAAAAGACCUUCACAUAAAAUGAAAUGGACAUCCUUAUCCCAAGUAGUAUCUAUUGGAAUUACAACUCAAUUUAAACAAAUGGAAGUCUGUUAAAGGUAUUGGGAGGGAAUUAAAUUAUAUUUUACAUCUUUUAAAAGUAUGAUUUUCGAAAUCAUCAGAAAAGAACAGAAUGUGCAAUCAGAUUUCAACAUUGUUAAAAUAUUCAAGAUUUAAUGGGAUCUGUUAGGUAAUGUAAAUAAUGAAUUAUAGCAAUUUAUUAAUCGGAAAAUUUCCCAAUUAAAGAAAUAGAUUGUAAAUUAGAAUGA